AUGAUGGCCGCACCGGGAGCAUUCCCUUCCCAGAUGGUUUCCGCGCCGGUCUUGGCAAGCCCUUGCUCGGGUUAUUCACAGCCGCAGCAGUGCGUGUUACGAGCGCCGGGUCCCGUCGUUAUUUCAGGCGCCGUGCAGAAUUUGUGGAGACCUGCGGCACCACACGGCGCACCGCCUCGGCCAGGAGUGCAGAUUCAGCAAGCGCCCUUUGCAGCACCAAGCAUUCCCCGGCCGGUUUCCAUGCCGGUGCAGACGCCCGACCUGCCCCCCGACCUUGCUGUGGCGAUGGACUUGGCGAAGAAGUCGCAGAGCACCAAGGAUGGGCGGGAUGGUGCCUACCGAUGCUUCAUGGAGAGCCUCGAGGCCUGGGGAUUCCUGGCCCAGCUGCCCUUGGAUGCAGCGGGCGUCCUGCACGUGGCCGCACCCUUCUGCCACGACUUCUUCGAGGCGCCACACCUGCUGCCGUUCCUCGCUAGCAGGUUCUUGCGCCCAGGCGGCGCCACGGCACUAGAGGUGCGAGGCUGCGAUGUGCGGGAGCAGAGCUUCUGGUGGGGCGCUUGGGAGAAGUGGGCCCAGCACACCUUUGGCGGCCGGAUCCGCCUGGAGCUGAAGCAGCAGGACCUGGUUCUGUCGGCGCAGCCACCCUCCGGCCUGAUCCUCGCUGCUCACCCGGAGGUGACGAAUGGGGGGCCAUGGCUACCCAUCCUCGAGAACGUCCUUCGCAGCCGCGUGAAGGGUGCGAGAUGUGUCUUUGCCACCUUCUUCCGCCAGGAAGCGGAGGCAGCCGCCCAGAUCUGCCGCAGCCAUGGUGCAUCCUGCGAGAUCCGCGAGAACCCGUUUUACGCCGGCCGCCCUGCAGACGAGGUGGGCACCUUCCACCGCUUCAUGGUGAUCUUGGCUCCCGCGACGUAG